AUGGAAACUGAAUGUAUAACUGUAACUAGUUUUGUACUUGAAGAAAAAAAGAAAUAUCCUGGUGCAACAGGUGAAUUAACUAUUUUACUUAAUGCAUUAUUAACAGCUAUUAAAGCAUGUGCCGCAGCUGUAGGAAAAGCAGGCAUUGCUAAAUUAUAUGGUUUAGCUGGUUCAUCAAAUACAACAGGUGAUGAUCAAAAAAAAUUAGAUGUUCUUGCUAAUGAAUUAUUUAUUAAUAUGCUUAAAUCAUCUUAUACAGUUUAUGUUAUGGCAUCAGAAGAGAAUGAAAAUAUGAUUGAAGUUGAAACAAAAAAACAGGGUAAAUAUGUUAUAUGUUUUGAUCCAUUGGAUGGUUCAUCGAAUAUUGAUUGUCUUGUAACUAUUGGUUCAAUAUUUGGUAUAUGGAAAAAACCAGACAAUGUUCAAAAUCCAAUGGAUUGUAUAUUACAAAGUGGUGAACAUUUACGUUGUGCUGGUUAUGCUGUUUAUGGUUCCGCUUGUAUGCUUGUUUUGGCCACAAGAGAAGGUGUUAAUGGAUUUACUCUUGAUCCUUCAAUUGGUGAAUUUAUUUUAACUGCACCAAAUAUGCAAAUGCCUAACUAUGGUGAAAAAGGUUCACAAAAAAUUUACAGUAUUAAUGAAGGUUAUGCAAAAUAUUGGGAUAAAGCAACAACUGAAUUUGUUCAUUCGAAAAAGUUUCCAGAGGGUAAAGAAAAACCUUUUGCUAAUCGUUAUGUUGGUUCAAUGGUUGCUGAUGUUCAUCGAACAAUUCUUUAUGGUGGUAUAUUUUUGUAUCCAGAAACUAAAGAUGCUAAAGAUGGCAAAAUUCGUUUAAUAUAUGAAAGUAUUCCUAUGGCAUAUAUUGUUGAAAAAGCAGGUGGUGCAUCGUCCAAUGGUGAACAUUCCAUUCUUAAAAUUCAACCAAAAACAAUUCAUCAACGUUCGCCAGUUUUUCUUGGUCAAAAAGAAGAAAUUGAACAAAUUGAAAAACUUUAUCAAAUAUAUCCUCGUGGUACAUGGGCUCAUAAAUAA